AUGAGCGGAAAUCAGCGCUGCGAUCGCACUCUAAAAGGUCAAAGUUUUUCAACUCCACUGCCAACGCGGAAGCACCAGAAGCAUUGUGGUUCGGUGCCAAGCCCAGCCACACCUCAGUCGAAGGUCAUAUCGCGGAAGCGGUUGCGCUACGAAGAAGAGGAAGACAAAACUACGCAGUCGGAAGGCAAAUCCCGGACCUACUACGCGUCCAAGGUGCUGGAUAACGGGACAGAGUUGAGCAACCUAUUUUGUGGCUGGACAAAGGAGGAAAAUAUUGCUCGAUUCACCCGCGUACGGGCCUUGGAACGCGAGAGAGCAGAACGAACGGUAGCUGUUCUUGAAUCUGAGAGGAAGAGGGGUCGCAGGUUCCACGAAGUACCCGGACGUUAUGACUAUGAGAAGUAUCAACGUAUUCGCAAAGACAUCACCUUUGCGAUGAUGUGCGAAUCCAUGCUACAGACAAAGCGGCGGGUCGGGAGCCGCGAGUAA